AUGCAUUAUUCUGGUUUGUACCCCGCGGUACAAGGCUCCAUCGACAGUAGGCGCAUUUUGUACGAGCAAAGCAGAUGUCAAAUAUGCUUUAUUGAAAUCGUGUGCCUGGAUGGUGAAGAUGCCGGAGGUGGGCUAAUCCAUGCUACCACUGUCAAAGCUAUGGCCACCACCCGUCGCGAAUCUUCAAAUUCGGCGAACAAGCCUCGGGAAGGCACGUCCAGUGACAGUCCCCAGGGCAGCCAUGAAAUGGCAACUACCGACACAAACGUAGCAACGGCAGUCAAAACCUCGCGAACACCAUUAUUCGCAUCGGACGAGCUGCUAGCCAGUGAUCCAGAAGUUCAAGCUUGGUGUGAGUCACCAGUCAACAUGGAUACUUCCUUAGCAAUACCUACAAGUUCUAACUUUGGCAAUUUAGGUAAUACUCCUAUCCAGCCACGUAGUGGCAAUCCACAGACAACAUCCGCCCCCUCGACGUCACCUCAACACCUACCUGUCGGCCCAGACAUACAAGCCACAAAUGAGUCCUCACGCAUUAUAGAUACAACUACGCUUACAUCAGCAUUCUCUAGUUCGUGCGACAUUACAGGUAAACAAUCACUUCUGCCACGUAGUGGCACUCCACCGACAAUACCGUUCCCACAGCAAUCAGUGGAACUUCCCUCUACAUCACGAGCUCAACCCACUCCGCCUAACCCUCCACCGCCCAGACAGCCUCCAAAGGGCCAACACCUUAUCAAUCGAUCGCCACAGCGCUCUGCUAGAGGGCCUGCACAAGCCGAAUGGCUACAACGACGAACCCCAGAUGACUACUGGCAUUAUCUAAUGGACAUGCACCCAUGGGCACGCCUCGUCAAACCACAGCCACUUCGUCGCGAAGACCUCACCGAAGCUCAGAUCUCCAAUUUCCUGCAGGAGAACACAUACAGACAGGUUCCUCACCUUGGCUGCAUGUCAUCAUCUUUUGUACGCUCAUUGUUUCCCCGAGUACCACCAGACAUGAAACAAGUAUCAACGACUCUACCCUUCAUCGAGUUUUCAACCCUCGAAGACGCCAUUAUCUUCCGAGAUAAAUCAUAG